CUCUCCCCUCCCCGGGCAGGAGCAUCCAGCUUUUUUGCCGUGUAUUAUUAACCAUCAGCCGUUCGUGUUAGUAGUUACGUUAAUUCCAGCGAACGAGAAUGACGUGUUGAGAGCAAAUGAGUCAACAACAGCACAAGUCGAUUUCUACUCGCAGUCAGGUAUUUGGUUCGUUACGGCGCGUCGCAGUCAGUUAGGACAGUUAACGCCUAGCUAGCUUCUUGGCAGUCAUGAGCCACCCCGACGUCGAGCUCCAGAGGCUCAACGACCGGCUGUCCAUACCUGGACAGACCAAUGGACGGCAGCUCCAAAGACUGGACACUCAGACGGCGGAUCCAGCUCAUUGGAAAAGAGUUUUCAACAAGUACGAUUUGGAUGCCGACGGCUAUUUAUCCCUGGCGGAAAUGAAAGAAAUGCUGCUGGCGGCCGACUACGCUGCCGACCUGCCGCAGGACGCCGUUCGCCAAAUCGUCGCCCUGGCCGACGAAAACAACGACGGCCGACUGAAUUUCAAGGAGUUCAUGAAAUUGGUUCAUAGCGAGGCGAUUCCCAGGGGCGUUUUGUCGCGGCUGCUGCACGGCUACGUCCACAAUUUGAUCGUUCCCAGGGUGUUGCCGCACGACGUCCCUGACGGAGAGUACGAGGAAGCCUACUCCUGCUGUCCGCCUCCGAUCGCCAUGCUUGUUGUAGCUUUAAUUGUGAUGACGAUUUUCCUGAUCGACGUGACGUCAACCAAGGACCCAUACAGCGUCAACGGCCCACUUUCCUCGGUGCUAAUUUACAACCCGCACAAAAGACAUGAAGCUUGGCGCUUUCUCACCUACAUGUUCGUUCACGUCGGGGCGAUGCACCUGAUCGUGAACAUGGUGGUGCUGCUGAUGCUGGGCAUCCCGCUGGAAAUGGUGCACCACUGGUGGCGCGUGCUGAUCGUCUACCUUGCUGGCGUGGUGGCCGGCUCUCUCGGAACCUCCGUCACCGACCCCUACGUCUAUUUGGCUGGCGCCUCCGGCGGCGUCUAUGCCAUCAUCACCGCCCACCUGGCCACUAUUAUCAUGAACUGGUCAGAAAUGUCCUUUGCAAUUUACCAGCUAGUUGUGUUCACCCUCCUGAUCGGCUUUGACGUCGGCACCGCAAUAUAUCAAAGAUACGUCUCCAAGGUCGAAACAAACGUUGGCUACAUGGCGCACUUCGGCGGCGCGCUUGCUGGUCUGCUCGUCGGCAUCUACGUGCUGCGCAACCUGAACAAAAAGCCGUGGGAGAAGAAAAUCUGGUGGGCCAGCCUGGCAGUGUUCACCGUUCUCAUCGGCAUCACGAUCGUGUGGAACAUCGCCUUCCCCGAAUAUUUCCCAAUGCCUGUCUACAAUGCUCUGGACAUGGAGCCGUAAUCAGCCUUUAAACAAAUUACUUGCGUGCCUUUCUAUGCUGCCUAUUACGCUACAUUUGCAGGGGAAUGUGUCAUAUCUCAAACUAAAAUAAUUAUUUUCCGAGAUCAAACUUUCAUUAUUUUGUGUAUAUACAAUAUUAGAGGAAAAUAAAACAAUGAAACAAAUAAAGAUCUCUUAAGUAA